GUGGAAAACAGCUUCCUCGCAUUCGUCCCGUCCGCUGGGCGCAUAAUCAGUCAGGCAUUUGCAGACAAGUUGAGCGACAAGUUGACCAUGGUCCUUCCCUCUCCUCUGGCUAUCGACCGACAGGACACCAACUGCCCACACAUAUUCACAUGCAUAUCUACAAGCAACAGGUAGGCAAGCUACACACCUACCUACCUGCCGGUCAGUUGCCUCUCUCCCUCCCUCCCUGCGUUGCUUUCCUCAUGAAUAUGUCUGCAUCAUUCACACGCAUGUACGGUACGCACAAGUCAGUCAGUGGGUCCCCGUCAGUCAGUCAUACAUACGCACACACGAGCCACGCUCACACGGAUCCACCAAGCCAAGGUAGUCAGUCGGCCAGAUGAAGCGACUCGCAUCACACCACCAUCUGUCCACAUCCACCGGAUAUCAGAUCUCUGUCCACCCAUCCAUCCACGGCGUCUCUCUUAUCACGUGGGGGCCGUCGGCUCUGUGCGCACCCUGCAGGCACAAGCCAAUUAUUCACAGCACAUGCAGGUCGUAUGUGUGCGGGUCGGCCUCCUUCCUUUUCUGACUCAUUCAUUUAUCGGCCUGGGUGGGGUGCAUUGACUGACGUACCUUGCGCCAGCACGGCUCUCCUCCUUGCCCUUCUUGCCUCCCCUCGACACAGCCAGCAUGUUCUCUCUGAUGAAGUCACGCUUCGGCUGCGGCCUGGGUUGGCCAGCGGCCCCUCCCAAGUGCUGCUGCGAUGGCACGCGAGCAGGGGUCCGCGGCGCAGGACGCUCUGUCCGAGCCGGAGGCUGCUUGGGGGCGGGCCGCUUGGCCUUCGUGGCAGUGGUGGUACGCGGCUUGGCGGGUGUGAUGUGCUUGGGGCGACCCGGAGCUCGAACAGGAGACGCAGGGGACUUCAGUGCUGUCUCGAUCUCCUGCUGCCGAGCCGACUCACAGGGGCUAUUCCGCUCCUCCGGCUCCGAGCGCCCCACAUGCCCGUGCAGCCGCAUGAACGCACCACUUAGGUGACGUAUGGUGGCCGUGCGGAGGGUGGAUCGGACAGCAACAGCGCCAGCGCGACGCAGGGUGGCCCUCUCCUUCGCUCGCUGCUUCAGGACGGCCUCUGCAGUGGCCCGCCACCAGCACGCCACACCACGGCGGAGCUCGGCGCGUUCGAUUGGGCGAAUAAGGCGGUCGAGGACAUUUCGCUGCAACGCGCGUGCCGCAGCUGUCUUGUGCCAGGCGUGGAGCAGCUCGUGCGUCAGCUGGCGGGCCGCCCUCCGACGCUUCGCUGCAACGCGCCAGAUGACCAAGUGGCAACGGAGAGUAGCAGAGCUUCGGGCCACCUGACAUGCAAAGGUAACACAAACAUAUGGCGCACAGAUGUGUGUUGUGUCCCUCGCUGGUUUGCCUCGCUCACUGACCUGGUGCCACUUCUGAUGCGCCUGCCUCAGGACGGCCAGCUGCACAGUCGUCUGCAGCCUCUGCGCCGCCUCGCGCCACGCAAGCGGUUUCUUCAGUUCUGGCAUGGCGAGCUGGUACGAGUGAAGUCGGAUGGCUUUCCUGAGAUCGACAAUGACAAAUUGCAGCGACACAGGUAUACACAUACUCACUCACUCGGUAGAGUUGAGGAUCUUGCAGGCUCUGAUGGCCUUCCUGCGCUUGACAGCCAUGUCCCAGGCGACAACAGCUCGCCUCAGCAGGGCAAGUUCAGCUGACACACAGACAAGACACACACGCCGAUGGAUAGGACAUCCACACCACCGACAGACGGCGCACCGUUACUUUCCCCUGCUCUCUCCCUCUCUGUUUCUCUCACCCACCAGUGGUGAUUUCUUCCAUAGCAGCAGCGGCACGGCGAAUGCCCUCCCACAUUGGGGUGCGGCUGAAUCCGUCCAGGAAGCGCUCUGGCGAGGGUGGCUGGAUCAACGAGGGGGGGCUGGGCGGCCGACGCAGCUCGACGGCCAUCUUGUCGAGCCUCUCCUGGUACUCGUCGAUCUCCCUCUGCCGCUCCAUCUCCAGACGCUCCCGCUCGAACCGCUCGAGCGCACUAGGGGCCCAUGUGGGCGACAGGCAGACACAGGAUGGGCCUUCCUCUCCCUCUCCGUCUCCCACUGUAUCAUCGUCUUGAGGCAGUGCCAAGCCAGGAGGGCGGCGCUUCUUGUACCCCGCCGAUGCAUUCGUGUCGUCGCCAUCCGCCAGCAGCGGCCCUUUUGCCUUGGUCAGCCUCUCAGCGAGCAGGUCCUUGAGCGACCCGGGCGUGAAGCUGAUGCACUGACGCAUGGGGUCAUCGUCUACACAUGCGCCGCCGCGAGGACUCAAGGGGGCGGGAGAAGGAACGUAGUCCUCCUGGGAUGCGCUGCAGCCCUGCAACAUCCCCAGUGGAUUCGGUCCGCGACUGAAGGGCUCUCGCGUCGUGGGGCCGUUUGAUGUAUGCCGGGGGCUGCGGAGAGCGGGCGACAGUGCCAAUGGCGACGAGGCCAAGGGAGUGGGGGCAAAGGGAGAUGACGGGAAGCGAGAGUCAUGGAAGAGGUCGCCCUGCUCUCCUGUGUCCACUCGACCGACGUGCUUGCCCGCCACUGCACUUAUGUGCUUGCAGGGCAGCUCACUCUGGCGCAGCCGCAGAGGCGACAUCACCGUAUCAACUGCAUGACGACACAAUGCAGACACCGCAGGCAAUGCAUGGAUUGUGUCCAUGGGAUUGUGUGUCGGUCGCCUUGAUUGUGUGGCUGGCCUCGCACCCGUGGCUACCUUUUGGCGAUGCACUGUCGUCGCCAUCCGCCAGCAGCGGCCCUUUUGCCUUGGUCUCAGCGAGCAAGUCCUUGAGCGACCCGGGCGUGAAGCUGAUGCACUGACGCAUGGGGUCAUCGUCCACACAUGCGGCGCCGCGAGGACUCAAGGGGGCGGGAGAAGGCAGGCAGUCCUCCUGCGAUGCGCUGCAGCCCUGCAACAUCCCCAGUAGCUUCGUUCCGCGACUGAAGGGCUCUCGCGUCGUGGAGCCCUUUGGUGUGUGCCGGGGGCUGCGGAGAGCGGGCGACAGUGCCAAUGGCGACGAGGCCAAGGGAGUGGGGGCAAAGGGAGAUGACGAGAAGCGAGAGUCAUGGAAGAGGUCGCCCUGCUCUCCUGUGUCCACUCGACCGACGUGCUUGCCCGCCACUGCACUUAUGUGCUUGCAGGGCAGCUCACUCUGGCGCAGCCGCAGAGGCGACAUCACCGUAUCAACUGCAUGACGACACAAUGCAGACACCGCAGGCAAUGCAUGGAUUGUGUCCAUGGGAUUGUGUGUCGGUCGCCUUGAUUGUGUGGCUGGCCUCGCACCCGUGGCUACCUUUUGGCGAUGCACUGUCGUCGCCAUCCGCCAGCAGCGGCCCUUUUGCCUUGGUCUCAGCGAGCAAGUCCUUGAGCGACCCGGGCGUGAAGCUGAUGCACUGACGCAUGGGGUCAUCGUCCACACAUGCGGCGCCGCGAGGACUCACGGGGGCGGGAGAAGGCAGGUAGCCCUCCUGGGAUGCGCUGCUGUCCCCCUGCAACAUCCUCAGUAGUUUCGUUCCGCGACUGAAGGCCUCUCGCGUCGUGGGGCCGUUUGGUGUGUGCCGGGGGCUGCGAAGAGCGGGCGACCGUGCCAAUGGCGAUGAGGCGAACGGGGAAAGCGGAGAUGGCGGGAAGCGAGAGUCAUGGAAGAGGUUGCCCUGUUCUCCCGUGUCCCCUCGACCGACGUACUGCUUGCCCGCCACCGCACUUAUGUUCUUGCAGGGCAGUUCGCUCUGGCGCAGACGCGACAUCACCGUAUCAACUGCACGAGGACACAAUACAGACACAGCAAGCCAAGCAAUGCAUCGUUGGUGUGUCGGUCGCUUUGAUUGUGUGGCUGGCCUAGCACCCGUGGCUACCUUUUGGCGAUCCCCAUGCCGUCGUGGCAUUACAGGCGUCAGCCAGGUCAAAAGUGGUCCUGGUGGCAUGCCGUCCGCCGUCCGCCAGCAGCGGCCCUUUUGCCUUUGCCUCAACGAGCAGGCCCUUGAGCGACCCGGGCGUGAAGCUGAUGCGCUGACGCAUGCGGUCAUCGUCCACACAUGCGGCGCCUCGAGGACUCACGGGGGCGGGAGAAGGCAGGUAGUCCUCCUGGGAUGCGCUGCUGUUCUCAUCGAUUUGCCCGAGUUGCUGCCCGCCAAUAAGCCCCGCUGCGGCCAGCCGGGCCUUUAGCUCCCCAACCACCGUCUGGCGAACGGCUUGCUUCCGCAGUCGGCUCAUUGUGCUGGACGAGAUGGAAACCUCCGAUCCCUCCUCACUGUCGCUCCCUGACGUGACG